CGCAUACUCACUGUUUGGUAUCUUCGGCGUCCAUCUACCUGUCAUUUAUGGGGAGAAGAAGCAAAAUGCACUUGGGAGACUCUUGCAGGAGAUCGUGGCUCAGUCGGGCGACAUCAGUGCCCUGGACUGGGUCGGACGACCAUCCGAGUUCAAUAGCUGUCUGCCGGCUGACCUCACUUCAUACGAAGCUCCGCCAUGCACCCUGCCAUCUCUGUCCGAGGAUGAAAUUCAAACAUCGAUCUCCUCACUCCGACACAUUGGGGCUGAGCAUUUGGCAUUGCAAAUUUACGACCAACUUUACAACAUGAGCUCGCCUCGUUUCGCGUACCGCAGACUGUAUCUGCCAUGCAUCACAUUCCGUGUCACAGAACUCAGACGGAGAGUCGGUAUACACGAGGAGACCAUCAGCUAUGGGGUCAAGGCAGACGGACUUUGUGACCUGAUGAUCACCACGGAGGAUAGGUUGACUCAGUUCUCACGAAGCAGACCCACUCGACAAUCCUUCUUACUCGUCCGUCCCUGGUAUCGUUAUCUCCUCGAGCUGCCUGACCUUCCAGACGAGAUGCAGAGCGUGGAUAAAUGGUGUGACUCUGAAUCACAGUCAUCACAUUCAUCACAUUCAUCCCAUGGAGAACAGUGGUCGGAUCGUCCGGAGUCUGACUCGCGUGCGUUACGAUUACUGUUUCGUCUUGGACAACCUUUUGCCGCAUUUUUGCUAGCGCAGCAACGCGGUGAAGAAUACAAGAGAAUUGCGUCAGACUGUGACAUUAUUGCACAAGUCAAAGACGUCACUUCUGUUCACGGUAUGGACGUUAAGACGUUAGAGAUACUGUAACUGUGCAGACAUGUAAAGAGUUUCAAGUUUGCGGUAAUUACCUGCAGAAUAUGAUGUUUCAGGUCAUGUACAGUUCAAGUGUAACUAUAUGCGGAACCAAUGUUUUUUCUAUGUAAAACAACGGAAAUUUUGCGACACUGCUA